AUGGGCGAUCAAGCUAGCAGUGGCGACUUGCAAUCCAUACUGAGAUCACUGCCCGCCGGCGACCUGGUGCAAGCCAGACAAUUCAUCGAUUCCUUACUCACACCAGAACGACUCGUGACCGCAAACCAGCAGCUUUCACCCCUGCUCCUUCUGCCUCGCAAUGUCUUAGAGCACAUCGUCGAAUUGGCGGUUUCUUACGACGGAGACAUAUCAGUGGACGACGUAAGAAGAGAGCCGGGACUUCUUCAGACCUGCCACAAACUACGCACAGAAGCGAGUCGACUGUACUUCAGCCGCAACACAUUCAAACGCAAGCGAAGCCUCCGAGAGCAAGGCCUGGAACGCUGGGCCAAAGUCCGAGUUGGUGAAAACAGACGAUACCUCAAAAGAGUCAAACUUGGACCUCCAUUGCAUUGCAAUCAUUCCGAAGCAGAGAAAGAGGCGGAGAAGCUGGAUACGAAAUGCGGAGUCGGGAAAGGUACGAUUUGGGUGCUCUCGGACGAUGAUUUUGAGAAUGACUAUGAAUGGUGGGUCAACUCGCUGGGUGAGACGGAGAAGAUCGAGCUCGAUGCUAGCGAAGGUGUUCGGGACACGGCCGACUUGUCGACGCGAGCUAUGGCCAACACGAUCAGACCUGCUGCUUCUUGGUACUGGCUUGAUGACACCACAAUCGCGGCCGAGUCACACUUGAGGCAGACGGAAUGGGAGGAUCUUUAUCAACCGGAUUGCUGGGGUUUGGAGGCAGAGGCAUCGGCACAAAUGUUCCUUGCAUCAUCACUGGGAAAAGUUUAUGGGUGGAUGAUUGAAUUGUUGCUGUUCGAUACCCCUGGACGAUGGACAUGGCGCACUGCAUACAAACGGUUGAGAGACGACUUGUUGUUGAACGAGUAG